CAAGUUAGUUGCAGUCGUAGCCUUAGUAAACUGUCUUCACUAUCGGUAAAUAGUAGUCCAAGACAGUACAACUGAGAACAAUCGAAAAGAAUUGAGUGAUUCGUGUUCUGUGAUAAUCUAGUAAUUUUAAAUUAAGGUAAAAAUGACACAACUAAUAAGAAAUGUGAUAGACGGUUACCACGACCUCAUGGAUAAUAAAAGCGACCCCAGGGUCAACGAUUGGUUCCUGAUGAGCUCGCCAUUCCCCACACUCCUCAUCUGCUUGAGCUACGCUUACGGCGUUAAGGUAGUAGGCCCCAAAUUGAUGGAAAACAGGAAGCCGUUCAAUCUCAAAUACACCCUGAUCUUCUAUAAUUUAUUCCAAGUUAUAUUUAGCACGUACCUAUUUUACGAGAGCGCGGUUGCGGGAUGGAUGAACCAUUACAGCUUUAAAUGCCAACCCGUGGACUACUCGAGGAGUCCGCUGGCCAUGAGAAUGGCCAGAGGAUGCUGGUGGUACUACUUCUCCAAGUUCACAGAAUUCCUUGACACGAUAUUUUUCGUUUUGCGGAAGAAAAACGAUCACAUAUCGACCCUGCACGUGAUCCACCACGGCAUCAUGCCCAUGAGCGUGUGGUUCGGGGUGAAGUUCACCCCCGGGGGCCACUCCACCUUCUUCGGCUUUUUGAACACUUUUGUGCACAUCAUCAUGUACUCUUACUACUUGAUCGCAGCACUGGGGCCCCAGUACCAGAAGUACUUGUGGUGGAAGAAGUACCUCACCACCAUACAGAUGAUCCAAUUCGUCCUGGUCAUGGUGCACGCGUUCCAACUCCUCUUCAUCGACUGCAACUACCCUAAGGCCUUCGUGUGGUGGAUUGGAUUGCACGCCGUUAUGUUCUACUUCCUCUUCUCCAACUUCUACAAGCAAACUUACGUGAAAAAAGACAAGAAGAAGGUCAAAUCAGAUGACCACCAGGACGAAGAAGUGAAGACGAAGAGGUCGAAUAUUGGGAUUUGUUUCACCACGCAGACGGCGCUGUAUGAGAAAACCGACGAUGUGAAAGAAAUGACUAAAGGUUACACUUCUGAUGGCAACAGGUUAAGAAAUAGAGUGUUCAUUGAUAAUCCUCGAGCGUAACGCAAUGUAGAAUAAUUUAUUUAUGUCGUAAUGUAAAAUGUCUUACCAGCUAAUUUCAUCACACUAGUUGUAUGAAUAAUUUGUAAUUAAGUACAAAGGCGCAAUUGGGAUAUUGGAAUUGGUUUUGUCUGUGAAGACAUCCAGUCAAAUCUUUACGUAUCUGUAAGAUACAUGUGUGUGAGUUUUUUUGACUCGAGACUUUCUUCCAGCUGUUUUUUUCAAAACAGGUUACGUAUUUAAGUAGGUUUAGACUAUAUUUAUUGUUAAUUGUUGUAAAAUAAUUUGUAAAGUAGUUUUACAGAAAUACAUUAUUUUUAAAGUA